AUGGCCCCGCAGCCCGAGGAGCGCGCCCUGUACCUCUCCAUCUACCUGCUGACCAUCCUGACCGGCUUCCCCACCAACCUGCUGGCCCUGCACGCCCUCAUCCGCAAGCUGCGGUGCAAGGCCACCCCCAACUGCAUCCUCCUGCUCAACCUCACCCUCUCUGACCUCUGCUUCCUGGCCUUCCUGCCCUUCAAGGUGGCCGAGGCCCGGGCUGGGCGCUGGCCACUGCCCGCCUUCCUCUGCCCCCUCAGCGGCCUCUUCUACUUCAGCACCAUCUACUCCAGCACCCUCUUCCUGACGGCCGUCAGCGUGGAGCGCUACCUGGCCGCGGCCUACCCCAUCCGCUACAAGCUGCGCCGCCGGCCCGCCUACGCCGCCCUGGCCAGCCUGGGCCUGUGGCUCUGCUCCUUGGCCCACUGCAGCAUCGUCUACGUGACCGAGCUGCAGCCAGGCGGCGGGCCGGCCAACGCCACCAGCGCCUCCUCCAAGGACCUCUGCUACGAUGACUUCACCCCCAGCCAGCUGCGGGUGCUGCUCCCCAUGCGCCUGGAGCUGGGCAUUGUCCUCUUCCUGGUUCCCUCCUUGCUCACCUCCUUCUGCUACUGCGGCUUCGUGUGGGUGGUGGUCUCCUCGCCCCACAUCCGCCGGGGGAAGAAGCAGCGGGCCGUGGGCUUGGUGGCAGCCACCCUGGCCGUCUUCAUCGUCUGCUUCACGCCCUACAACGUCUCCCACGUGGUGGGCUUUGUCCAGCGGGCCAGCCCGUCCUGGCGGGACAAGGCUCUGCUCUUGAGCACCUUCAACGCCAGCCUGGAUCCCGUCAUCUUCUACUUCUCCUCCUCCGCCGUCCAGCACUCCUGCCGCAGGUUCCUGGCCCGGCUCUGGGGCGUCUGCUCCCUGCCCCCCUUGGCCAGGAAGGUCUUCUACCGCCGAACAGAGAAACUGACACUGGGACCACCCCAGGAGCAAUGCAGAGGCCUUGGGGGCGACCAGGUUUGCUGCUCCAAGCUGUGA